AUGUCACAACCACUAAGGCGUUCCGCAAGAAGGACAGCAGGAUCGUCAUCGUCUCUCCCCAUCGCCGAGCCAUCUGUUACUCUUUUCUGCCUUGUGCACGGUGAUCCCACAGAAAGAGCAUUCCCUGUUGAUAUUGAACAGAACAAGACAGUCGGUCAUCUACGGGACAAGAUCAAGAAAAAGAAGAGGCCCGAGUUCGAUGACAUUGCUGCUGACAAACUCAUCCUUUGGGCAGUUGAAAUAAGCAAUAUGUUUUCUGUACCUCCGGCUAAAAUGCACAUCCAUGUCAUUGUGGAUCGACCCACAGAUGAGCUGGCUAGAGAAGAAUCAUUUAUGGGAAUGGAUUCAACUGAAUACCUUCUGCAACACUUUUCUCCUAUGGAAGUGCAUGGAUUUCCCUUUGAUAUCAAUGAUUUACUCCUUAACAAUAUCUAUCAUCAACCAUAUUAUUAUGAUGGUCUUCUUGGUGUACCUGAUUCAGUUAAAGAAUACAUUGAGAAGCUGCAACAUAAACGAGUAGUUGAUGUACAAAUCAUGGAACAUCCAGAAGUGCAAGAACUUUUUAACUUCAAUGAACAGAUGGAUGUAAACAUUAAUCCAAAUUCUGAUGUUGACUUUGAAGAACUUGUCAUCUAUUAUUUGUUACUAAAAACAAAUGCCAGACAUAUUGCUGACAGGUUGGAGAGGAGGUGUGAAUUUAGCUGGGAUGCUUCAUUAUAUGGUUGGAUUCUUGACAGACCAUUUUUACAUACAAACUUGGGAUUUGAUAGGAACAAGAAAUGGGAUACAAAAAUUGUGUGGAAGGCUUUUAAGGUGGCAACUAUUAUUCCCACUAAACAAAAAUUUCCUAUGUUUGAGCAUUGUGAAGCACUUGGUGGAGCAUUUCCAAUAUUUGGGAGUGAACACAAGAAACCCAAUGCUGCUGUUGAUGUACCAAAAUUGGGACUGGUUAGUACUGCUAUGUUACGACAUCAGCUUGCAUUAAAGGACAUUUUACAAGAUGUACAAGAUUCCAAAGAAGAUAUCAUACCAACAAUUAGUCUUGAAGGAAUUCAUUUCUCUGUUUAUCUCACAUAUCCCAGCAUG